CAGACUUUAUCCGGGUGCGGAGAUUCGAGGGAGCGAGCUCAGUGCGUUGACAACCCGGGUAGAGUGAGGUUGAGUUCGUUCCCGUGUAGUACCGCAUAAAACGCACCAAUAUUCUGGCUUGGCGUGAAAGGAGUAAAGUUAUCGUCAUGCGGGCGCUAAAAACUGGAAUUAGGCAAGAACGACGAUCUGUCCUCAACUAAUUGUUUUGUGCAUUAGCAAAAGUGAAAGUGCGGUGUGUUGAAUUGGGUAACAAAAAAACGUAUGCAAAUCCCGGUGCCACGCAGGGAGUCAAAUAGCUUGCUCAUUUACCAAAAUGAUCAACAACGUUCUGCUUCUGUGUCUUCUGUUGGGACUGCAUUCCUCCAUUCACAUCGUGUCCAGUUUGCGCCUCACGUCCGUCGUCAUCCCCGAGUAUGUCAUCCUUGGGAAGGGUGGAAUUCUGGAAUGUGGGUUUGAGCUGGGUUUGGAGGAUUCUGGUCUGUACGCCCUGAAAUGGUACAAGGACAACGACGAGUUCUUCCGCUUCAAACCGUCAGACCAGCCGCACAUCACCGUCUUUCCUCUCAAAGGGGUCACCGUCAACGUGAGUGGCUCCUCUAUCAACAAAGUCAGACUGGACGAGAUUGCCAUGUCAUCGGCUGGCGUUUAUCGCUGUGAAAUAUCGGCUGAAGCACCAUCCUUCCAAACACUGGGAGAAGAUCAUCUCUUACGAGUCAUAGCCCUUCCGGAAAGAGGUCCAACAAUUUCCGGUCUUCACCCCUGGACCAACGUGGGAGAGGAGUUGGCGCUGAGUUGUCACAUUCACAGGGCGUUCCCCUCGCCCUCACUCUCCUGGCUGGUCAACAAGGCCCCCAUCCGACCCUCCAGUUGCGGGGGGUGUGUCCGAGGGGAGACUUACGAGGCUGGGAAAGGCGAGGACGGGACGACUUUCUACAGCUCCACGUCCCACCUCGCCCUCCGCGUGGACUCGACCAUCAUCAGAGACGGAAGCGUGACCCUCGAGUGCCGUGCCUCCUUUCCGCACUCCAACGUCACCCUCACCAACACCCUGCACUCCAACAUCAAGGCUGGGCUGGGGUUGGCUCACUACGCCCACACCUUAGCCAACAGUACUUCGCCCUAUUCCACACCCCCACAAAUCCUCCUCCUCCUCCCAUUUCUGACUCUUCUGCUCGACGUGGGAAGAAACAGAGCGGAGGGCGCUGUAUAGCUUUUCUACUUUUACACAUUAAUUAUGCAUUUAUCAUACUGUACAGGUUUAAAUUUCCUCGUAAAUUAAAUAUGACGUAAAAUGACAAAAAUCAA